GUUAUCCAGUUAUCUGUGACAGUGAACUUUCAGGAGUCGUCAGUGUUGAUACAGUGCUUCUGGCGCUCACCGGAUUCCUCGCGCACCUGUUGACGCGACUCAAAACAAACCAGCCGCACGCGACUCUGAGACCGUUAUGUGCGACACGGACUAGUUUGAAUACACUAUUUACGCUUCAAAUUUGAGAUUUUAUCUUAUGAGAUACUGGAAAAUGAUCUCUUUAAGGACCCUACGAAUGCCUAAUGUUGGAGUUAUUGGUUUACUGGCGAAAGACUCGGUUAAAAGUAGCUCAGUGUGUCAGAAAGUGACGAGGAGGUCGUUCAAUUUAACUUCGCGGAUUCAAGCAAGCAGCGAAUUCAUCGCUCCUGCAUCUGUGGAUGAACCUAAAUCGAAAACCAGAAAUAUGACCAAUAAAAGUAUAUUCUCUGGACUGGAGGACAUGCUUUUCUACAAUAUAACUGAAGGAGCGGAGAAAAUUCCUGUAUCUCAUUUCAUUGCUGCAGUGAAAAGCACCGGCCUUCUGACCUCUGACCCCAGAUUGCGCGACUGCAUGGAAAAGAUUCGCAAAGCUAUCCAGGAAUCGGCCGGUGAAGUCAUGAUGGACCGUGAGCUGUUCCGAAAGUGUGUGGGUGGAAACAUAGUUCUGCUGAGUCUUGCUUUCAGACGGAAGUUUAUUAUUCCUGAAUUUGAGGCAUUUGCGGACGUCAUCAAUCAUAUUUACCACACAUCAAAACUGCAACAUGAUGGACAGGUUGCAAAGUACAUUCCCCAUCUAACCAAGUUUAGUCCUGAUCUUUGGGGCGUCUCUCUCUGCACAGUAGAUGGCCAAAGGCACUCAGUGGGAGACACGAAGCUGCCGUUCUGCUUGCAGUCGUGCGUGAAGCCGCUGGAAUACGCCAUCGCUGUACACGAGCACGGCACCGAGCGAGUGCACCACUACGUCGGGAAGGAGCCCAGCGGAUUCAAAUUCAACAAACUCUCCCUGGAUGACGAAGAUAAACCUCACAAUCCCAUGGUCAACGCUGGAGCGAUCGUCAUCAGUUCACUUAUCAAGCCAGGUGUCAACAAGGCGGAGAAGUUUGACUAUGUGAUGGAGUUUGUGAAGAAAAUGACAGGCAGGGAGUAUGUGGGCUUCAGCAAUGCAACAUUCCAGUCAGAGAAGGAGACAGGAGACAGAAACUACGCAAUAGGAUACUACCUAAAAGAGAAGAAGUGUUUUCCUGAAGGGGCGGAUAUGAUCGACGCACUGGACUUUUAUUUCCAGUUGUGCUCCAUAGAGGUCACAUGUGAGUCCGGCAGUGUGAUGGCCGCCACGCUGGCUAACGGAGGCAUCUGUCCAAUCACAGGAGAGAAGGUUUUGAGCACAGAAGCCGUGCGAAACACGCUCAGCCUCAUGCAUUCCUGUGGGAUGUACGACUACUCAGGACAGUUCGCUUUCCAUGUUGGAUUACCUGCCAAGUCUGGUGUGUCGGGUGCAGUUCUUCUGGUGGUGCCGAACGUGAUGGGCAUCAUGUGUUGGUCGCCCCCUGUGGACAAAAUCGGAAACAGUGUCCGUGGAAUCCACUUCUGUCAGGAAUUGGUGUCUUUAUUCAACUUCCACAACUAUGACAAUCUGAGGCACUUUUUGAAGAAGCAGGACCCUCGCAGACAGUCUGGUGACGACAGGAACAAGUCGGUGGUGAAUCUGAUGUUUGCAGCUCACAGUGGAGAUGUCUCAGCUCUGAGAAGGUUUUCCCUCUCAUCCAUGAAUAUGGAGUUGAAGGACUAUGACUCUCGUACGCCUCUCCACGUAGCUGCUGCAGAAGGCCACGUAGAUGUCGUGCUAUUUCUGACGCAGGCCUGCAAAGUCAACCCUUUUGUGAAAGACCGGUGGGGAAAUAUUCCUCGGGAUGACGCCAUGCAGUUCAGCCACAAUGAUGUGGUGAAGAUCUUGCAGGAAUAUGAGCAGAGCUGCAGUCCACAAAUGUCUCAGACUAAUGCAGAAGACCGUGGUCAUCAAUCAAAAUGUUUGUCUCUGGAGGGUGUGGAUGUUACAAACUUGAGAACUAUAUAGAUCAUGUCACCAGAAAUUGCGCAACAUAAGGGCACAUUAUGGAGGUUGUCUAUUUACAGAAAUAAAAACGCUCACGCUUUUAUUUAAAAAUAUUUGUAAAUAUGUUAUUUGUACAUAAUUUGUGUUAUAUACUUGUUUAACUUGACAUACUCAUGGAAAUGUACUAAAGCACAAUGUACAGUGAUUGUGAUUAAUAAACAAAACCAACCAUGUCAA